CCCCUUGUUUUUUACUGCUGGGGAAGGAAGUAAGAUAUUGAUGAUUUGUGUUGCGUUUGUGAGUAAUGAUAUAGUAUUGAAGAGAAGAGAAGAGGGUCAAUGCGGAAGAUUAAAGAAGGGUCCGUGGAAGAGAAUGGGUCAGCAAUUGGACCUCUCAUCCUCACCCUUUGAACUGGUGAUUCCUAUGACCAAAGACUAG